AUGUCAACUACAUGCGCCUCAUGCACAACACUUAUCAACAAAAAAUCUCCAGGUGUUCAAUGCGAUGGUUUUUGCGCCGCUUCUUAUCACGCCAAGUGUAUCGGCCUUACAAUCGACCAGGUGAAUCUCAUCAAGGACUGUAGGAACACCACUUGGAUGUGCGACAAAUGCAGAAAUAAUGAUAGUUCGGAAACUGGAUUACAUUUAACUUCUCCAGGAACUACUAUUGAAUCAAAGAUGCAACAACAAAUUUUGAAUUUUAUGCAAGACAUAAAAUGCGAAGUGAAGGAGCUCCGCGGAACGCAAGCAGACCUGAUCAAAUCGAUAACUUUUUGUACUGAUAAGAUAUCUGAUUUUGAAUCUACUCUUAAAAGUUUCAAUGAUCAAAUCAAGAACAUUGAAAAACUGAAGACCGACAAUCAAUACUUAACGAAAAAUGUACAAUCAUUGAACAAAAAAGUCAGUGAUCUUGAGCAAUUUUCUCGCAUGAAUAAUAUCGAGAUACAAGGGGUACCAGAUAAGAAAAAUGAAGAUAUCUAUAAGAUCAUUGACACCAUACACAAGUCGUUAGGAAUACAAAUUACUUCAAGCAUGAUAGACUCCGCCCAUAGAGUAGCAUCCUUCAGCUCGAACAAGCCAAAAAAUAUCGUCGUCAAAUAUACUACCCGAAGAAUACGUGAUGAUAUUUUAUCUGCUGCAAAAGUUAAAAGGAUGGCCUCUACUAGUCGCAUAAUAAAUAUUGAAGGAAUUUCUAACAACUUAUUCAUCGUCGAACACUUGUCUCCUGGUAACAAAUCACUGUACAAAAAAACAAGAGAUUUCGCCACUUCCAAUAACUACAAAUUCGUCUGGGUUAAAAACGGCAGCAUAUUGAUAAGAAAAGAUGAAGGAUCCAACGACGGAGCAAGAAGAGAUAAAUUCAUCCAAGUAGUGCUGGAACGAGUCGAAGAAAGAUCAACAAAGAAUAGAUUCCCGAUUCAACUGCAUCGAUGUUAGUGUACAGUUUGAAACAGUGCCAAUAUUGUUUAGUUUAAUUAGUUUGUGUGUUGUGACAAUAACGUUGAAUGAAUAUACAGGGUG